AUGUUGGAAGGUAAGGGUAUGAUUAAGGAAACAGAUAUGCCGGUGAAGAUGCAGAUCCAAGCCAUGGCUUGUGCUUCUCAAGCACUUGAUCUCUAUGAUGUUGUUGAUGGCAUAUCCAUUGCUGGCCACAUCAAAAAGGAAUUUGAUAAGAGAUAUGGGGGUGGAUGGCAAUGUGUGGUGGGUUCUAACUUUGGUUGUUUUUUCACUCACACACAAGGGAGUUUCAUCUAUUUUUCUGUAGAAACCCUCAAUUUCCUUAUCUUCAAGGCAGCUUCUUCUUAAUAGUAGAAGGUAUUACUUUAACCACUCUUUUAGAGAGAGUGCUGAUGAAGUAGUGUUAUUGAUCUUCUGGGUAUGUAAGAAAGAUUUACCGUUAGCUAGAGUUUUGUAAAAAUGGCAGACUAGUUGUUGAUAUGCACUUUUCUAAUUCUCUAUCACCACUGCUUUACUUAACUGUACACUAAAUCUAUACCCAUCUCCCGUUUCCAAUUUAGCAAUUCAGAAAGAAUUUUGCAUAAUCUGCUGUAUUAUCAGCAGUUGCAAUUAUUUGGAAAAAGAUUAUUACCAGACACAGUUUAUUUUCCAAUCACAAUCAGGGAAAUGUAUACUCAUGAUUAAUC